UUGCGAGCGACUGUGCGAGGGGAGGGAGGCGUCCCGGCGGAGCGUGGUACUACGACCAGCGCGGGCCGGAGUGGGCGGGGGGAUGCGCCGCGGCGGCGGCGGCGGCGGCGCGGGCUCUGGGGCUGGUGUUUGGCGGCGCCAGAGCAGCGGAUCCUGGUCUCGCCGCGGCAGCAGCGCGGGUGUCGUGCACCGCCUGAAGACGGCGUACCUUUCUACCCCCCACUUUUAAAAAAAAAAAAAAUAACCGGAACCAAUGAACGCAGCCAGGAUCAGAGCUCCGGAGGCCGCCGGUGCCGACGGGACCAGGCUGGCGCCCAGCGGGAGCCGGCGUCUGAGGCGGCGGGGGUGGCCGGCGGAGUCGCCGGCGGCGGUGGCGGCGCCUCGAGGAACGGGCGAGGGGCCGGCGGCCCGAGCGCCGCUGCGCUUUCACCCGGCUCCUCCUCCGCGCACUCAUCCUGCCUCGAUUCCCGGCCCGACCUGGGGCUGGCUGCGGCGGCGGCGCUGGGCUGCGUUGCUGGUGCUUUGGCUGCUGGUGGCCGGUACGGCGGACGGAUGCGAGCUGGUGCCCCGGCACCUCCGCGGGCGACGAGCGACUAGCUCUGCCGCAGCAGCCGCCUCCUCUCCCGCUGCGGCAGCCGGCGAUAGCCCGGCGCUCAUGACAGGAGCAGUGGAUCUUUGCCUGAGCCUUGGGAGUGGGAGAGAUCCCUGCAUGUCACUGAGUCCACCAUGCUUUACAGAAGAAGACAGAUUUAGUCUAGAAGCUCUUCAAACAAUACAUAAACAAAUGGAUGACGACAAAGAUGGUGGAAUUGAAGUAGAUGAAAGUGAUGAAUUUAUCAGAGAAGAUAUGAAAUAUAAAGAUGCUACUAAUAAACACAGCCAUCUGCACAGAGAAGAUAAACAUAUAACGGUUGAGGAUUUAUGGAAACGAUGGAAAACAUCAGAAGUUCAUAAUUGGACCCUUGAAGAUACUCUUCAGUGGUUGAUAGAGUUUGUUGAACUACCCCAAUAUGAGAAGAAUUUUAGAGACAAUAAUGUCAAAGGAACGACACUUCCCAGGAUAGCAGUGCACGAACCUUCAUUUAUGAUCUCCCAGUUGAAAAUCAGUGACCGGAGUCACAGACAAAAACUUCAGCUCAAGGCACUGGAUGUGGUUUUGUUUGGACCUAUAACACGCCCACCUCAUAACUGGAUGAAGGAUUUUAUCCUCACAGUUUCUAUAGUAAUUGGUGUUGGAGGGUGCUGGUUUGCUUAUACACAAAAUAAGACAUCAAAAGAACAUGUUGCAAAAAUGAUGAAAGAUUUAGAGAGCCUACAAACUGCAGAGCAAAGUCUAAUGGACUUACAAGAGAGGCUUGAAAAGGCACAGGAAGAAAACAGAAAUGUUGCUGUAGAAAAGCAAAAUUUAGAGCGCAAAAUGAUGGAUGAAAUCAAUUACGCAAAGGAGGAGGCUUGUCGGCUGAAAGAGCUAAGGGAGGGAGCUGAAUGUGAAUUGAGUAGACGUCAGUAUGCAGAACAGGAAUUGGAACAGGUUCGCAUGGCUCUGAAAAAGGCUGAGAAAGAAUUUGAACUUAGAAGCAGCUGGUCUGUUCCAGAUGCACUUCAGAAAUGGCUUCAGUUAACACAUGAAGUAGAAGUGCAGUACUACAAUAUUAAAAGACAAAACGCUGAAAUGCAACUAGCUAUUGCUAAAGAUGAGGUUGCUGCUUCAUGUCUGAUUCAGGCAGAAAAAAUUAAAAAGAAGAGAAGCACAGUCUUUGGGACUCUGCACGUUGCACACAGCUCCUCCCUAGAUGAGGUAGACCACAAAAUUCUGGAAGCAAAGAAAGCUCUCUCUGAGUUGACAACUUGUUUACGAGAACGACUUUUUCGCUGGCAACAAAUUGAGAAGAUCUGUGGCUUUCAGAUAGCCCAUAACUCGGGACUCCCCAGCCUGACUUCUUCCCUUUAUUCUGAUCACAGCUGGGUGGUGAUGCCCAGAGUCUCCAUUCCACCCUAUCCAAUUGCUGGAGGAGUUGAUGACUUAGAUGAAGACACACCCCCAAUAGUGUCACAAUUUCCCGGGACCAUGGCUAAACCUCCUGGAUCAUUAGCCAGAAGCAGCAGCCUGUGCCGCUCGCGCCGCAGCAUCAUUGUGCCGUCCUCGCCUCAGCCUCAGCGAGCUCAGCUCCCUCCACACGCCCCGCACCCGUCACAGUCUCGGCACCCUCACCACCCCCAGCACACACCACACUCCUUGGCUUCCCCCGAUCCAGAUAUCCUCUCAGUGUCAAGUUGCCCUGCGCUUUAUCGAAAUGAAGAGGAGGAGGAGGCCAUUUACUUCUCUGCUGAAAAGCAAUGGGAAGUGCCAGACACAGCUUCAGAAUGUGACUCUUUAAAUUCUUCCAUUGGAAGGAAACAAUCUCCUCCUUUAAGCCUCGAGAUAUACCAAACAUUAUCUCCGAGAAAGAUAUCAAGAGAUGAGGUGUCCCUAGAGGAUUCCUCCCGAGGGGAUUCGCCUGUAACUGUGGAUGUGUCUUGGGGUUCUCCUGACUGUGUAGGUCUGACAGAAACUAAGAGUAUGAUCUUCAGUCCUGCAAGCAAAGUGUACAAUGGCAUUUUGGAGAAAUCCUGUAGCAUGAACCAGCUUUCCAGUGGCAUCCCGGUGCCUAAACCACGCCACACAUCAUGUUCCUCAGCUGGCAAUGACAGUAAACCGGUUCAGGAAGUCCCAAGUGUUGCCAGAAUAAGCAGCAUCCCACAUGACCUUUGCCAUAAUGGAGAGAAAAGCAAAAAACCAUCAAAAAUCAAAAGCCUUUUUAAGAAGAAAUCUAAGUGAACUGGCUGACUUGAUGGAAUCCCUUUCAAGUGGCAUCUGUAAACUUUUAUACCCCACCCUCCACUCCCCACCUUUUUUUUGGUUUCUGUUAAUUUUAGGAAUGUAACUCCAUUGGGGCUUUCCAGGCUGGAUGCCAUAGUGGAAUGUCCAGAAGGGCAACUGUCUACUGUCUGCUUAUUUAAGUGACUAUAUAUAAUCAAUUCAUCAAGCCAGUUAUUACUGGAAAACCAUUGAAAUGAGACAGUUUACAGUCAUUUCUGCCUAUUUAUUUCUGCUUUGUUAUUAGCAAUGUAUAUACAACAUUUUGUUGAAAGCCACUAUGGACUUACAAGCUUUAAUGGAUUCGUAAGCCAGCAUGGGCUUGCAAAAAUUCCUUGUUUACCAGAGCAUCUUCUUAUCUUUCCACAGAGCUAUUUACAUCCUCGACUAAAUAACGUAAAAGAAGUAAAACUAAUUGCACUACUGUUUUCCAGACUGGAAAAAAAAAUCUCUGCAAGUGAAACUGUAUACAGUUUAUAAAAUGACUAUGGAUAGGGGACUGUUUUCACUUUUAGAUCAAAAUGGGUUUUUAAGUAGAACCUAGGGUUUCUAAUUGACUUGAUUUCUGGAAAUGAAAACCCAUGCUUUUAUUAUGGGAAGCUUCUUUAACUGCAUUUAAUAUUGUAAAGUUUCAAGCCCCGCUGUAAAGAUCAUGUUUUGUUUCCCCAGGGCUCUCACUGUGAUUUACUGCAUUGCAGGCUGUAUGAUAACAUAUAAAUAAGUUAAAGAGAGAAGGUUCUUGAUUCCUUAUGCAAGUGGAAGAGUUGAAACUUGAUUGAAGGACUUAAAACAUUCACAACCUUAAGCCGAGGUGGGGGGAUAUGGGGAUUCAGGCAAUUGUUUACAAACUUUGAAUAACUGCAAAGGAUUUACGGUUUGUGAAAAAUUUGUACUGUGGAAAAGAUAAUAAAUUGGAGACAUUAUUGUGUGGGACUGUGCUGAUUUUUGUUGAUAACACUCCACAAAAAAACACUAUAUGUUUUCUGGAGAGCUGUGUAAGCUGUCUUCUGGCUUAAUUGCAAUAUAAGAAAUAGUGAUGUUCUGGAUGUAAGUUGUCAACAGAUUUCUAUUUUAUGUUGUUUGUCAUAUUUUUAUGUAGUUUGAAAUGUAUAAAUGUUCUAAUACCAAGAUUAACAAAUAUAAGUUUAUGGUGCAUUUA